AUGCGUUUCCACACCGUUGCCCUCUUGACUGGCGCUACUGCCGUCGCCGCUGGCAACACUGCGACUCUUCUGCUGCCUGGGUUUGAGGGUCAUGAUCUUCAGGCUGGUGUUCUCAACUCCAACGGCGAGACCACCACCUACCUGAUUACCUGCCCGACCACAGUUGCUGCCUCUGCCUGUGGAAUCCUCGGCACUGGCAUGACCGCCAUGGCCGCGCCCACCACCAUGUCACUGGUGAACGCUGACAGCAACGGAAACACUGCAUCCAUCGGCUGCAACCUCUCUGGCACCACCUACGCCUCUUGCUUCGCCCAGGAAGGCACCGUGACUGUGCAUCACACCUUGAACAGCAAGGACUUGAACUACAUGCCCGUGACGGUGACGGGUCCCUGCUCAACCAGCACCCCGACCCCCACUUCGACCCCCACCCCGACUUCGACCUCGACCUCGACCUUGACGUCCACCUCGACCGUCACCCCAACUUCGACCGUCACUCCCCUCGACCCGGACCCCGAUCUCGAGCCCGAAGAAGUCCACCACACCGGCACCGUUAUCACCGGCACCCCUCUUCCCGCUGCCUCUACCGCCCCGGCCUCAGCUACCCCCUCUGCUGCUGGCGCCGCCGCUCUGUCCGGCAACGGCUGGGCUCUGGGAGGAGCCGUAAUGGCGAUGUUCUACGCCCUCGCAUAA